AUGGAUUUGGAAGUUCAUCGAGACUUCUGGUACGCUCCGAAUGACAAGUGCUUUUUCGAGACUUGUCAUGUUAGAGUAAGGUCGUGAACUUUAUAUUUUAACAAAUUUUGAAAAGAGGAGGAUUUCAAUUUUUUUAAAUAGUUUUUAAAACAGAUUUUAAGGCUAAUCAUCUAACACUAAAUUCACUAUUUCACGAAUAAACCUACAAAACGAUUUAUUUUAGUGUGGUGCAGCAUGGGCGAGCAUAAUGACAACAUUGAUAUCACUUACGGGCAUUUUAUACACGAUUUAUCAUAGACAUCAAACUGGAAGUUUAACAAAAAGUAAGUCGACAGAAAAUGAAUUCAUCUACUAUAAAAAAUGGUAGGAUUGUAAAGAUUGAUAAUGAUUGGCCUUAUCAUCGUUGAAGUGACCAUAAGAUUAUGCUAGAUUGAUUGUGAGUAGUAGUAGCUAUAUCAUAGUUACGGUAACUUAUAUAUUAUGUUUAGGUGGUUCAAGUAAUUUGGUGCUUCCUUUCAAACUAAAUUUUUGGUAUUAGGGCAACAUAAUUAUUUGAACAACCUAAUAUAAGCUCUUAUAUAAUGAAGGCAUUACGUUUUUGGACAAAUUAAAAGUAAUAACAAUGUAUAAUUUUCAGUAGACGCUGUGUAUGAACAUUAUCCAUUACUUAUCGCAUUUAGUGUCCUACUAAUCACUUCAUUAAUUGCCCUAGGAGCUAAUUUGUCUAAACGAAAGAUGUUGUAUAUGCCUCAUCUAGUGUGGUCGGUAAGUUCUUCACAAAAACUGAUGUUUAAGACAAUUUUUUAGAAGUAAGUGGCUUCGUAUCUUGUACGAAAUUGAAUUCUGAGUUCAAUAGCCUUUAAAAUCUUUAAAAAUUUUUAAAAAUUACUGUAAAAACGGCCGAAUAUAACCAAAGUUACAGUAAACUUUCAGUUAUUUGCCCAUAUCACAUUUAUGUAUAGUACAGUAUGGUUCCUAGUGGCUAUGAUACGUCACAUGGUAGUCAAAGAGCCAAUUCCUUAUUUUGAAAAAAUUUGGGUCAUAGGACUGGCCAUAGCGCAACCUACGUUAAUAUAUUUACUAGAUGUCAUCUACCGUGAUUACAAGUACUUGAAUCGACAGGAAAAACUAUAA